AUGGGAAGUGGAUUCUCCUCCGUCUUACCUUGCUUCAAUCAAGGUCACCGUAGCCGUCAGAAAUCGGCGGUGGCGGCGGCUAAGUAUCCGACUCAUUUCGAUGAGCCGUUGGAUGAGACUCUAGGCCAUUCUUACUGCUACGUCCCGUCUUCUAACCGUUUCAUUUCUCCGUUUCCUUCCGAUCGAUUCGUCUCUCCUUCUGAUUCCUUCCGGUUAUCUCCGUCGCAUGAACCGGGUCGGAUCCGAGCUUCCGGAUCAUCCGAGCAGUUCCACACCGGGUUCGGGGCGAUUUCCGGCGCCUCAGUGAGCGCCAACACCUCGAAUUCCAAAACAGUGCUCCAGCUCGAAGAUAUUUACGACGAUGCCACUGAGAGCUCUUUCGGCGGCGGCGUGAGGAGCAGUGUCGUGAAUGCCAAUGGCUUUGAAGGAACGUCGUCGUUUAGCGCUCUUCCGCUUCAACCCGCGCCGCUAGGUCCGGAUCGGUCGGGUUCGAUCGAGAGAGGCGCGACCUCAGGUCCGUUACACCCAGCCGGAGAAAUCUCGAGAUCUAAUUCCGCCGGCGUGCAUUUCUCAGCGCCGCUCGGUGGCGUAUACUCGAAGAAGAGACGGACAAAGAAGAAGAAGAGCCUCUCCUGGCACCCGAUUUUCGGGGAGAGGAAGCAGCGGCCAUGGGUCCUUCCGGUGUCCAAUUUCGUCGUCGGUGCUAAGAGGGAAAACCCUGUGAAACCAGACGGCGGCGGCGGCGUUCACUCGGAAGCUGAGAACGAUUUGCAGUGGGCGUUGGGGAAAGCGGGAGAAGACAGAGUCCAAUUAGCGGUUUUCGAGAAGCAAGGAUGGCUUUUCGCCGGAAUUUACGACGGCUUCAAUGGACCCGACGCUCCGGAGUUUCUGAUGGCUCAUCUCUACCGUGCUGUCCAUAGCGAGCUACAAGGUUUGUUCUGGGAAUUGGAGGAAGAAGAAGAUGAUAACAAGACAUUAACAAGUUUGAAGGAUGAGAGUAAGGUUGAUAGAAGCAAUGUAGAGGAUGAAUCGGCGAGUUCGAGCUGUCCAAUAGAGGUGGUGCAAGUGAAGGAGAGGAAACGGCUAUGGGAGCUUCUUGAAGAGGCGCAAGCAGAAGAUGCGUUGGAUCUUUCAGGUCCUGAUAGGUUUGCAUUCUCAGUGGACGAUGCUGUUAGCGCCGGGAAUGGAAGUAAAAGAUGGGUCUUGUUGUCGAAGCUGAAGCAGGGUUUAUCGAAGCAGGGAAUUUCUGGGAGGAAGUUGUUCCCAUGGAAGUUUGGUGUGGAGGAGAAGGAAACAGAGGAGGUGGAUAACAUUAGUAGUAGAGUAGAAGAAGGUGUUGAGAAGAAGAGGAGGAAGAGACGAAAAGCGGGUACGGUUGAUCAUGAGUUGGUGCUAAAGGCUAUGGCAAAUGGUCUUGAAACCACAGAGCAAGCAUUCCUAGAGAUGACUGAAAAAAUUCUUGACACAAAUCCGGAGCUUGCGUUGAUGGGCUCUUGCUUACUGGUUGCUCUGAUGAGAGAUGAUGAUGUGUAUAUAAUGAACAUUGGGGAUAGUAGAGCUCUUGUUGCACAAUAUCAGGUGAACAAUGAUCAAAACAGAGAGCAUGCAGUGGUUGUGGAUGAUAAGGAUACUGCAGUGAACAAUGGAACCCCUUCGCAGCACGCAAAACUUUCUGCCUUGCAGCUGACAACAGAUCACAGCACGAGCAUCGAAGAUGAAGUAACAAGAAUAAAAAACGAGCACCCAGAUGAUAGCCAUUGCAUAGUGAAUGACAGAGUGAAAGGACGGCUUAAGGUGACCAGAGCGUUUGGAGCAGGGUUCUUGAAGCAGCCUAAACUGAACGAUGCGUUACUGGAGAUGUUUAGAAAUGAGUACAUUGGUACGGAUCCAUACAUCUCAUGCACGCCUUCCCUUUGUCACUACCGGCUAACGGAGAAUGAUCAGUUUAUGGUUCUGUCAUCUGAUGGAUUGUACCAAUACCUGAGCAACGAGGAAGUUGUUUCUCUUGCCAUGGAAAAGUUCCCAGACGGAGAUCCUGCUCAACAUGUUAUACAAGAACUUCUAGUCCGUGCAGCCAAGAAAGCUGGAAUGGGUUUUCACGAGCUUCUGGAUAUACCGCAAGGAGAUAGAAGAAAGUAUCACGAUGAUUGCACUGUGCUAGUGAUAGCUCUUGGAGUAAGUAGGAUCUGGAAGUCAUCAGGAAAGUACCUUUGA